AGGUCUGAGACAAGACUAAAAUUGGAGAGAUUAAAGAUGGAGGUGAAGAACAGUUCCCUCAUGUUGGAGAAUGAACAGCAAAGACAGCGGUAUGAGAAAUGUCUUGAUGAGGUAGUCAACCAGGUGAUCCAGGCCCUGUUGGCUCACAAG